UGUUUCAAGCAAAAAAGUCCCGUGUAGCUUAUUAAAAAUCACAAGAAGUUGUUGCAGCACACAUUUCGAUUCUACACGUUUAUCGCGGCAUCAGCCAAAUGAGUGAUCCGACUUUUCCUGACACUUCCAAAAGUGACGAUGAACAGUUUGAGGAUGCACUUUCAAAGGAGGAUUUUAACGAACGUUCUGUUGAUGAAAUCAUCGAAAAGUUCACCGGAAUGCCCAUGGAACGAAUCUGCAAAACGGAACCGGAAGAGUUUGUUGAUUGCGUAAACGACCUGCCUGUCGACGGAUCCGAUAACAACAUUGCACGAAAUCCAGAAGAUAAACCUACCACCAGCCAGUCUAACGAUGACCCAUUCAAUGAUGACGUGAUAGACGAAGACUCGCAACGGGACUACGAAAGCAACCUAACAGAGCAGGAAAAGGAAGCCAAUAAAGCCGAAUCCAACGAACUGAAGCAGCAAGGCAAUGAAUUUUUCAAACAGGGCGAACAUCGUCGUUCGGUGGAAAUUUACACGAGUGCUCUAAGGCUGUGCCCAUUAGAUUAUGCGGAAAAUCGAGCUAUACUGUACGCAAACCGUGCAGCAGCCAAGGCUAAGCUAGAUUUGAAACCUUCCGCUAUUGACGACUGUUCUAAAGCGUUAGAGUAUAAUCCAAAAUAUCUGAAAGCGUUACUAAGACGAGCUAGUCUGUAUGAAGAGACUGAUAAAAUGGACGAAAGUCUAGAAGAUUUUCGCAAAGUGCUCGAAUUGGAUUCCUCGAAUAUCGAAGCCAAGGCAGCUCAAAUCAGGCUGCCUCCUAAAAUAGCAGAACGCAACGAGCGUCUAAAGGAUGAGAUGAUGGGCAAGCUUAAGGACUUGGGUAACAUGAUCUUGCGACCUUUCGGAUUAUCGACGCAGAACUUCCAGAUGCAACAGGACCCCCAGACGGGCUCGUAUUCGAUAAACUUCAAUCAAAAUGCAAAACAAUGACGCGGGCAGCAAAUGUGAUAAAUGGUGGAUUUUGUUAAACGCUUAUUAUGAGGUUGCCACAGCUUCCUGUGCAUAGGGAAA